GUUCGACAGUUCGCAAUUGGGAAGAGAAAUGGCCAUUGGGAACGCUCCGGCUGACGACGUGUCUGGCGCGAGCGCCACGACGUCAAAAAAAUGGGAGAAGGUGGUCGACAAGGAAGAGAUCUGUUCUGAAAAACUCGCCUACUCAUGGGCAGCUGCCGCAGAGCAACGGCGAGUCGGGAGGAUAGAUAUCGGCGAGUCACAGGACGCCUUCGUCCUGACCGAUGUGCUCGCGGCAGGUGAGUGCGAGUUUCUCAUCAGCGCGACUGAAGAAGCUGGGUACACCUUCUGGGUAAGAAAAACGCCACACAGCGGGCCGCCAUCUCCGAUGUCCGUGUGCCUGCAGAUCGGUCAUUGUCAAUGUGUCUGUUGUGCGUGUCAGGACACUUCAGCCAAUCCAUCGAGUGAUUUUAGGAGCGCAUGGACCUGCGAGGUGACCAAUACAGCCCUCGCAGCUGCAGUGUGGGUGAGCAGGCGGGCGAUGUGACAGCAUGGCUCGGUGUGCACUGUUUCAAUGUGUGUGUGUGAUGCAGGAGAGGGUCAAGGAUCACGUCGUCCUGGAGAUAACUUUCGACAAUGAAGAUGAUGAGCGGUUCGAGAGGGACCUCCGCGGCACGUGGGUUGCCUGCGGCGUCAACGAGAACCUCCUCUUUGCCCGCUACUCGGACGGUGGUCAUUUUGGGCCGCACUCGGACGGCUGCACAGUGGUUGAUAUCAACCACCGGUCACUUUUUCCCCUGCUGCUCUAUCUCAACACACCCGAAGGUAAGGUGAGGCGGGGCAUCCACGUGCCAUCUCUGUGUAUGCGGGAUGUGUGUGGCGCUGUGUGUGUGUGCUUUAUCCAGGUGGUGGCGAGACGGUCAUCAUCAAGGACGAGCAGAGGGAGUGCCCGAUUCCCACUGACGCCCAGGGCAGAUACACGGCUCGUGACGACCUGGUCAUAGAGCGAGUGCCAGCCGUCCGGGGGAGAGCUCUCUGCUUCUACCAAACACAGGUGCGACGGUCAGGCGGGUGUGAAGCACUGCAGAUAGCACCCAACGCCUUCCCCUGUGCGCUGCUGUGUUCAGAUGCAUGAGGGUGCGGCCGUGGCUGAGGGCGCGGAGAAAUACGUCAUCCGAAGCGACGUCAUGUAUCGCAGAAAGGUGGGUGACAACACACGAACGAAUACAUCACACGAUGUGUCAUCCAUUCACUGUCACGCUCUGCCUUCACACAGGACCCCAUAUUGACAUCGCCUGAGGACCGUGAGGCUUUUGCGCUGUGGCAAGAGGCGCAGCUGUUGGCCGAGAAGGGCGAGAUAGAAGAGGCCCAGCGGAAGUUCAGGCGUUGCUUCAAGCUGUCUCGAGGGCUGGCGGAGCUGUAUGGCAUGUGAUCGACCUGACCUCGUGUAAUGUGUAUUGUGUAUAUGUGUGUGGAUGGACUAUUGAGUGAAUGGACGUACGUAUUUGUCGAUGGGAUCGAUAACACACAGAGAACAGACAGGCAGAGAAGCAGAGAAGCAAGCAAACAAGCGGAGACGGCUACG